AUGAUGAAUUUCGAUAAUUUCUUGCGACGUUUUAUAUUAACUCAAUCAUUUGUACGUGGUUGGGGAAAUCUAUUUCAUUUACAAGAAAUUUUUACCUAUCGACGUGAAAAAAUUGCUAAACAAAAAGGUAAUGAAAAUUAUAUAAAUGCUCGAUUCCGUUCACCACUUGCCAAUUAUUUACCGCAUUUGCUACAGCUCAUUUUUCAACUUGUUCUAUCACGUGAUCAUCGUUUUGGUAUUGAUUCAAUUCCAACAGAAAUUUGUUAUGCUGGAACAGAUGAUCAUGGUUUUAGUCGACGAAGGUUAUUUACUGCAGUCCCAUUAAUUAAUUAA